AUUGUCGUGGCCCCAAGCAGUUAGCUUCGAGAUGUUGUCGCGGCUGUUACCGUUUUGCGCGUCGCUGUUGCUUGUUUGCGGCAACUGCCUGGCUGCCAGCAGUGUUGAUUGGUGGGAGGCCGCCACGCUCUACCAGAUUUAUCCGCGCUCUUUUAUGGACAGCGAUGGCGAUGGUGUGGGCGACUUGAAUGGCAUUACCUCGCGACUGGAAUAUCUCAAAGAAAUCGGCGUAACAGCCACUUGGUUGUCACCCAUAUUCGAGUCACCAAUGGCUGAUUUUGGUUACGACAUUUCGAAUUUCACAAAAAUCGAUCCGAGUUUCGGUACGUUGGCCGAUUUCGAUGCGUUGAUAGCGAAGGCGCAUAAGUUGGGUGUGAAGAUUAUUUUGGACUUUGUGCCCAACCAUUCGAGCGAUGAGUGUGAGUGGUUUCAGAAGUCGAUACGUCGUGAAGGUGGCUACGAUGACUUUUAUAUUUGGGAGGAUGGCAAGCUCGAUCCGGAGACUGGUGAGCGCGUGCCGCCCAGCAAUUGGGUGAGUGUGUUUAGCGGACCGAUGUGGACUUGGAACGAGCAACGUCAGCAGUAUUAUCUGCAUCAAUUUUUGCCAAAACAACCAGAUCUCAACUUCAGCAAUCCAAUGGUGCGUGAGCAUAUGCAGGAGGUGUUGAAAUUUUGGGUCGAUCGUGGUGCGGACGGCUUUCGCAUAGACGCGGUGCCACAUAUUGGUGAAAAACGUUUCGCAAAUGGCAGCUAUCCCGACGAACCGUUGAGCGGCUGGAGUGAUGAUCCGAAUAGUUACAAUUACCACGAUCAUAUCUACACGAAAGAUCAACCGCUAACGCUUGAGGUUGUGUACGAAUGGCGCGAGUUCUUGGAUGAAUACAAGCGUCAACAUGGGCGCGAUACCAUCGUUCUCAUUGCCGAAGCCUACUCAUCCGUCGAAGUGUUGAGCGACUAUAUCAAUAAUGGCACCCACAUGGGCACCCAAAUGCCCAUGAACUUCAAUUUGAUGUCGAUCAAUGGUUAUUCAACCGCGAAAAACAUUGAAGACUCUGUAAAAGGUUGGAUGGAUAAUAUAUGGAAAAAGCAUCAAUCAGCCAAUUGGGUGGUGGGCAAUCAUGACAACGACCGACUAGCAACACGCAUGGGUCAGCAUAAGGUGGAUGUAAUGACUAUGCUGGUGCAUGCGCUGCCCGGCACUUCGGUCACAUAUUACGGUGAAGAAAUUGGCAUGUCCAACGUGGCUACUGAAUGCACUCCGAUCUCCUGUGAAGACCGCGAUCCCGAGCGUACGCCAAUGCAAUGGGACACUUCGGUUCAUGCUGGUUUUAGCACGGGUCCUACUACUUGGCUGCCUGUGUCUCCCAGCUACAAACGCUACAAUGUGGCCACCGAACGCGGCGUGGCACGAAGCACUCUGCAAAUCUUUAAAGGAAUGACGCAGCUGAAGCAAACACCCGCUUUCAAGGCUUUCAAAAACGAAGGUGGUUUCUCCUACGGCGCAGUUUCGGAGCAAGUCUUUCAAGUUGUGCGUACCGCUUUGGCGGGCGAGGAAUAUCGCAUACUCAUAAAUAUGGGCAACAAAAUCGAAUAUGUGCACGAUUUGGCGAAGAAGACGAUGGAAUAUGUGCUACUCAGUCCACAUUCACCACACAGUUUUGGCGAAAAGGUGGAUUUGAGCAAGCGUAUAUAUUUGAUGCCAUAUGAGGCCGUUGUUCUGCGCGGUUCAGCCGGAAGGGAUUGAACCAAUACUGCCAAAGAGAUACCUGGAGUUCGUGGACUAUUUUUAAGGAAGUAUUGUUGUAUUAUUUGAGAACCUUCGAUAAGAUAUUUUCGACUUCGAGAAGGGAACCCUUUUUAUAUUUUAAAAGUAUAUUUGGUGCUUAUAAUUUAUUGUCAAAGAUUAGAAAAUAAUAAAAUUCUUAACUUUA